CUAAUAUGUCAACAUUCUUAUGUGAAAUCAUGCCAGACACAUAAAACUGUCAAGAUUUUUAUUAUAGCCGUAAUGGAGCUGGUGUGCAUGAUGGGUGGAAUAUGAUGAGGUUAAAAUGGCGAACAAUUCUGUUUCAAUUCCUGGCAUAGUUGAUGUACAACACCACGAUGAUGACAAACACAGCGUUUCUAGUCAAGACCAAUUACUGGUCAUAGAUCUAGAUGAUAAUCUAAAAAAUCAACAGAAUUCUGUCAUGGCAGAUAAUAAUAAUGAUUCUAAGGAAAGUAACGGGAAAGAUGACAUUAUGAAAGAUGAAAGCAAAGAAGAGGAGAAUGUUGCAAAGGAAGACAUACUAGUUGAACAUGUUGAAAAGAAGGAAGGAAACGAUGACGAAAACAAAGAAAUUCAGAGAAAUGGAAGCAGUAAAAGUCCAAAAAAGAAAAAGAAGAAAAGAUCAAUAAAAGAAAACGAAGCUACCACGGUUACCGAUGACAUUAACAACAGUAGUCCAAAAGAAAACAAGAGAAAUAGCAAGGAACAGAGGAAUGAAAACUCAGGCAAAACCAAGAAAGAUAUGACUGUUCAUAUACAUCAUGUACAUACAAAGGCAACUGACACUGAUGAAAAAGAAUCAAACAAAAAUCCCAAAACAGCUAAAGACACAAAAAAAGAUUCAGAAAAACCUUCUACAAAUGGAACAGAUUCUGAAAAACCAUCUAUAAAAUUAAAUGGAAAAGAACUAAACAAUCCAACUAAUAAAAUAGAUGAAAUUACUAUUGAAGCUGGAGUUGAUGAAUUAGACGGCUACUCCAAGGUUACAGCUGAAGACCAAUUAGAUGCAUUGAGUCAGUUCUCAUAUAAAGAAGCCAAAGAUUUCAAAUAUUAUUUCCAGCACCCGUAUUUUAGGUUAUUUAUAGCCUACUUUGUAACAUUUUGCAAUUUCUUGAUUUAUGCUGAAGAUCCUGUAGCCCACAGUAAAAAAGAAUGCAAUAUUCCAGUAGUUGGGAAUGACUUUGCUUUUGUGUGUACAAGGUACCCAUCAAACGCAUGGAGCUUACUAAAAGUUGUUUUGUGGUUUUCUGCUAUAAUUGUUGGGAUGAUCAUUGGGAAGCUUGUAGUCCACAAGCUUUUUUUCUGUAAACUGUUGAGACUGAAGAUGUUCUGUGAAGACCAAGGAUCUUGGAUGAUUAUGUUUUUAUCCUCACUGAUCAGUGUAUUUAUCUUUUCCUGGUUGUAUAAUGCUUUCCUCCUAGCUGGAGGAAGUUCCACAGAAGAUUAUAGAAUAUCUGGAUUACUAGGAUUAUCCAAUUCUAUUUUUAUGAAGGCAGCUGCCACUGGAACCUGGUGUGGAGAUUUUUUUACUGCUUGGAUGGUUACAGAUAUGAUGCUUCAAGAGAAGCUAUAUCCUUACUGGGGCAGACCAGUCAGAAAAUGGUGGAAUAGAAAAUAUAACAGAAUUAUUUUGUUCUGGAUCGUGACAUCAGUUACUUCUUUCACUGUUCUGUUCACCAUCGCUACAGAUUAUAUACAAUGGGAUAAACUUCAUCGAGACUUCUUAUCCAGCAACGAGGUUUCCCGAGCUUUCUUAGCAUCCUUUAUAUUGGUCAUGGAUAUAUUAAUUGUUGUACAGGAUUGGGACUUUCCAUAUUUUGUGAGUGCUAUCGAUAUAAAGCUUCCUGGUAUAAACACAGCCCAUAUCAGGUUUGACAUUCCUAAAUGCUUCAGACCAGAUAAAUGGCAGAUCCAUAUAACAGGUAAAUGGUUCAACUAUGGUAUCCUGUUCCUUGUUAUGAUACUUGACCUAAACAUGUGGAAGAAUCAGAUAUUUUACGCUCCGUAUGAUUAUGGACAAUAUACUGAUAACGACGGGAAAAUUCAUACCGUGAAUGACGAUUUUAGCUUAGACAACCAUAACGAAACCUUGAUGAGUUUUAGUUACAGGAAUUCCACCAUCAACCCACUGACCAAUCAGUCAUAUAUUACUGAAGAUGGCGUAAUGAAUUCACGGUUUUAUGAUAAUAGUUUAGCAGUGAAGGCAAUUGCCUUUAUCCCUGCAAUAGCGGCUUUCAUCACAUUUGGAGUACUUGUUUGGCAGUUUGGGCGAUUCAAACCAUCGAAGACAGAUCCAUAUGCAGGAAGGCUGUUAAAAAGACCAAAGAAGAAAUCUUCAUUCAGACUAUUUACAGCAGGUUUUGGGAAGAGGUUUUCACUCAGAAACAGAGUGAAGGCUGUUCCAAAACUUCUUGCUUUUACUCGUCGUCGUAAUACAAAUACAAAGGCUGAUUUCCCAGAAAACGAUCGACCAUCUACUGAUCCAGCACCAUAGAAUUAAUUAUUGUAUGAAAUUUAUUUUCUUAUUACCAUGACACGUAGUAUAUAUCCAUAUUACUUUGAUACAUUAGACAAAAAAAUGAAGUCUUGAAAUAAUAAAAUUAUUAUAGGUACAAAAUCUAGUUUUACAAUGAACAUUAUCACUAUUUGUCCUCCAUUACUGGACUUCACAAAAGUUUCCCUAAAAUUUUGAAGGCAAAUUUAAUCAUGAUAAUAGAAAAUAUCUGACACCAUAAUUGAAAAGUGAUUGUUGUAUGACAUCGAAAGUUCAAGCAGGACAGAUUCUUGGGUAAAGUUUGACUGAUUUUCUAAUAUCGAUAAGAUGUAUAGUUUUAGUGGGACUCAAUAUGCCUACUCUUUUCUUUUACAGUAUUCUUUGGGUUUAAAAUAGAUUCAAAGUAUCUUAAUACCUCGUCUGUUGUUUUAAUGCUUUGUCAUUUAUUGCUGCGCUAAUUUUUUGUAAUAUAUUGAUAGUUGUUCAAAUAUAGUAUAAUAUGGUACUGUGGAUUCAUUAAUAUUUGUUGGAUAACAAUUUUUGUGGAUUUCGUGGGUACAGGAGAACCACGAAUUCAAAUAUUCAACGAAAUACAAAUUUUGUACAGGAAUGCGUGUAGACUUUGCCAAAACCACGAAAUUAAAUAUCCACGAAUAUGUAAGUUUUCCUCAAACCACGAAAAUUGAUUCCCAUGAAAAUAAAUGAAUCCACAGUACAUAAAAAUGUUUACAUAAAAGUCGUAUGUAUAUGUGUUAUAGAUUUGUAGAAGUAGAAGCAUGUUCUUCAUGUUCAAAAAAUAGAAUUACUAUUUAAAAUUGUAAUACUAUUGAUAGUUAUUCAAAAAAAGUACAUUCGUUGUCUUAGUGCUUGACAUGUUAUACAAAAGUUGUGUGUAUAGCCAAUUAGUUGAAAGCAUUACCUUCAUGUUCGUAUUGAAUAGAAUUUGAAAUGUGGCCAAAUUUAAUGUUAAGAAUUCUACUUCAAAAGUUGUUGCAUUAUUCAUAUCCGAUGUAAAUUACUCAUAUAGAUUUGCUGCAUUUAGAUUGUUUCUCUUUGAGAAAGCCAUAGAAAUGUGACAAAUAAACAUUAGGAGCUACAAAAUCAAAUGGUUAAAAGAAUAAUUUGCAAUAGGAAAUUAUGUUUGAGUAAAAAUUUAGAGUAGAAACCUUGUUUCAGUGAACAUGGUGAACAGUUCAAAACAAUUGUACCACUUUUUGACAUCUGAUUGUCCUAUAUUAACGGUAUGUCAGAAGAUUUUAUAUCAUAGAUAAUCAUGAAACUGUUAGAUUAUUUAAAUAUGAAUUCUUGCGUGUAUAAAUAUGAUUUAUUUAUUUCAUCCUUGUACAUUUUAUAGUCAAACGUCAAGUACAAAAUAUGUAUCACAAUGUUUGAAAUCUUUCUAACAGAAAUUUAGAAAUGAGACCAAUUUUUUUUUUAUUUUUCAUGUACAUAACAUUAUGUUGAAUCUUAGUUUUGUUAAACAGUUAUUUCUAUGUUCAUAACGAUUCUUUUCUGUUGAUGUUUUUAUAUUUGUUUUGUUUUUUAACUUUUUUAUUCUUCAUUUACUUUCCUAUCCCUGUGAUAAUUUAUUUGAUAUUUAAAAAACAUUUUCAUAUGUAUUGUUAAUUUCACAUUAUUCAUGUUCUUGAUACUUUUCAAGAAAUUUUAUAUAUUUUUCAUAACAUUUUCAAGACAUUCUUUCACAUUAAUUUUUAGCUAAAACAACCCUACACUUCUUUCUUUCUUUAUCUUUUUAUACCGCUUUUUAUGUGUCUACUUACCUAAAUCUUUUGUUAUUAUAUAUUUAGAUUUCUAUCAUUAAAUUCUUCUUAUUUAAAAUAAACUGACCCCUAAAAUUUAUAUAUAAAAUAGAGCUAUUAGUUGAAGAAAAGAUAAACAAACAAAUUGACACAUGGAUAUUCCUUGAAACUCCUUAUUGUGUUCUUGUAUUUUUAGAUUAUAUUUUAUGAAGUUUGGUGCUUUGUUUAUUUGUUUCUUGUUAUUCCUUAUUUUCAGAAAAUAUUUUUUAUUCUAAAACCAUAAAAUUCAUAUGGUAUGUGCCUUUAUGUUCCCCAUAUAAUAUAUUUUUAAUUCAUAUGUGUAUAUUCUAUAGUAGAAAUAUGGUCAUUAUAUAUUAUAUAAAGAUGACAAAGGUAUAUUAUAUUUUCAAACAUUUUUCAUUAUGAACAUUCUCUAUGUGACAUAUAAAUGUAAAUUUGCCUUUCUUAUUUUCUGAAUUGAAUAGAUGUAUAGAUUUUUGUGUAUGUAGAAUUCAUUAAUAUUAGAGAGUACUUAUUUUUGAUGAUUUCAUGGAUGUAGAUAACCAAAAGUUAAAGUCUACAUCAAAAUAAUAAUUCCUUAAGGCAAAUUUGUUUAAACAAAUAAUUUUCUACAAUUCUUUUAUAAAUAUAUGUACUCUGAUUCCAUAAUCAUUUAUUUUUAACUGUUUUUAAGAUUAUAUGUUCUCCAAAAAUUAAUAGCAAAAAACAAUUAUAUAAUUCUAACACGGCUCUACUUGUUCUAGGUUAGAGGGUAAAGAUAACCUUUUCCUAGCAAAAGCCUAUCAUGUAUGUUAAUUAGAUAACAGAUCCUUUUCCUUAAUUUCGGAAUAGUUUUCAGAAAUCUGGAAAAUAGAUAUCAAAGAUUUAGUAUUCUAGUUGCACUUUUCAUCUUAAAAAACACUUAUUCGCUGGGAUCAAAUCAAAACAAAUUGGAAGGCCAAAUAACUGAAGUUAGAGGGCAUAUAAAACUUACAAUCCCAGAAAUGUGUGCCAUCCUCAAUAUAUUAUUGAAUUUAAGAGACAAAAAGUUGUAAUGUAUUUGUAUAAUUCAUUGGGAAAUUAUAUACUGUGGAUUCAUUCUUAUUCGUAGGAUUCCAAUUUUUGUGAAUUUGGCAGGUACAAGUGAAUCGUGAUAUUAAAUAAAAACCAAAUGACAAAUUUCCUAUAGGAUUAUAUGCUGACUUCCGCAAAAUCAUGAAAUUAAGUAUUCACAAACAUGUGAGAUUUCCUGAAUACACGAAAAUUGAUACCCACGAAAAUAAAUGAAUCCACAGUAUGCUGGUAUGAUACACUAUAACAAACCAGAAUUUCAAGGCCUGUGACUUUCCUCAGUAUUUAUAGAGUAAAGUCCUUUCACUUAACACAAGCAUAGAUCUACCUCACAUAGUAACUGUAUUAUUAACAACCUGACCAAGUCACAAAAAUUGUUAAUUUUUACUGUAGUUAAUCAACUGUACAAAACUUUAAAUAGUACAUUUGUACUGCAUUUAUAUUUACCUUUACCUAAACAAGGGACCAAGAAAAC